AUGGGCGAGAAUGGCACAAAUCUGCUUCAGCAGAAAGUGACUGAACGAGCCCGCGAGCAGAGAGCGACACGCGAUGCAGCUCUGGGGAACAAAUUCUACAAACUGCCUGAUCCAACGUCAUCCAGAAGCGGCACACUGGUACACAACCUGUCGUCAAAGGAACUGACGAAGGAGCAAGCACAGGUUUUACGGCACGAAGCCUCAUUCAACACAGCUGACGCCAAACCUGUCAACAUGAUUGCAGCAGUGGAAUCGGUCAUUAAUCAGACGGAAGCGACGGAGGAGACGAAGAACCUUAUCCGACACCAAGUUACGUCCCUCCUUAUGACUCACAAGCCGCGCGAAACACUCACAAAGGUCGAACGCGAUGCACUAAGAGAACUCAAGGCCGACAAGUACAUCGUUAUUGUGUGCGCGGACAAGGGGCGUUCCACCGUCGUACUGGACAGAACAGACUACCUUCAGAAAGCCAAAAACCUACUGGAGGAUCGCCAGUUCUAUGUCCCAUGUGAAACCAACCCCAUAAAACGCUGA